UCCACCACUUUGGAUAAUUUCUCGGUGACUGCCUCUAUCCACCGUGUCCAAAGUUGUGAUGUCGCCUCUGAUAAUCUUUAUCUUCAUGUUGUAUUUUGCGCCCUGCUGUCCGCAGUUCCCUCGCCCGUGUGCCACCCGGGAAGCUUUACGCACCAAGGAGUGCUGCCCGCCGUGGGAAGGGGACGGCUCGCCCUGUGGAGCCAGCUCGGGCCGGGGCUCCUGUGAGGAUGUGGAGGUGUCGGAGCAGCCCGACGGGCCGCAGUACCCCUUCUCCGGGCUGGACGACAGAGAGAAGUGGCCUCUGGUGUUCUACAACCGGACGUGCCAGUGCGCAGGGAACUUCAUGGGCUUCAACUGCGCGGACUGUAAGUUUGGCUACUUUGGGGUGAGGUGCAAUGAGAGAAGAGAGUCUCUCAGGAGGAACAUAUUCCACUUGUCCAGGGCGGAGAGGAUCAAACUUGUGUCGUACCUGAACCUGGCCAAACAGACUGUCAGCAGGGAUUAUGUUGUGGCCACUGGCACCUACAUGGAGAUGGAGAACGGAUCCAACCCUCUGUUCGCUGACGUGUCUGUGUAUGAUGUGUUCGUGUGGAUGCACUACUAUGUGUCCAGGGACGCGCUGUUAGGAGGGCCGGGCAACGUGUGGACAGAUGUGGACUUUGCGCACUGGGCGCCUGCGUUCCUGCCCUGGCACCGGGUGUACCUGCUGCACUGGGAGCAUGAGAUCAGGAAGCUGACCGGGGACACGAGCUUCUCCAUCCCGUACUGGGACUGGAGGGAUGCCCAGGGAUGUGAGGUGUGCACGGACGAGCUGAUGGGGGACAGGAGCCCCCAGGACCCGAGUCUCCUCAGCCCAGGCUCCGUCUUCUCUUCUUGGAGGGUCUUGUGCUCCCAACCCCAGGUCUACAACGACAGAGGCGUGUUGUGCGAUGCCAGGGGUGAGGGCCCUUUGCGUCGUAACCAUGGAAACCACAACCGCAAUCUGGUGGAACGUUUGCCGACUUCUGCGGAGGUGGCGUUCACUCUCGGCCUGAGCGACUAUGACACCGGAGCCAUGGACCGCGGCGCCAACAUGAGCUUCAGGAACACUCUGGAAGGGUUCGGGGAUCCUCAGACUGGGUUUGGAAACAACGUUCGUAUGGGCAUGCACGCUGCCGUCCACGUGUUCAUGAACGGAUCCAUGUCGUCGGUGCAGGGCUCAGCCAAUGACCCCAUAUUCCUCCUCCACCACACUUUUGUUGACAGCAUUUAUGAGCAGUGGCUCAGGAGGCACAGGCCGUCUCCUUCCCAGUACCCAGACUCGAAUGCUCCCAUCGGGCACAACAGUGAGUACCACAUGGUGCCCUUCCUGCCCCUCCACAGAAACAGAGAAUACUUCAUUUCCAGCAAGGACCUCGGGUACGAAUACUCCUACCUGCUGGACGCCAAUCUGAGGCUGGCAGAAUCCAUGCGUCCCUUCCUGCAGGCGCUGCAGGACGUGUGGCCCUGGCUGCUGCUCGCAGGACUCUUGGGGGGGAUUGUGGCGGUGGGUGCAGCUGCUGCCGUCUUCACAGUGAAACGCAGACUCCGAGAUUCCCCCUGGCUGCACGGGGGGAAGUGGAAAAACUUAUUUGCUCUCCCAGAACGACAGCCACUUAUCUGGGGAAAUGACAAUGAAGCCGGCCACUAUAACUACCAAACAGCGAUGUGAAGCCACAGCCAGGCCCUGCACAGUGACACACACACACAAGUUUUUAUACCAAAGAUCUUUGUGUCGUAUGCAGUAUUCUGACAGAGUAUUUCAACAUUGUUACUUUGGUUUUUAAAGGUGCUACAGAAAUAAAGUUCAUUAUUCUUG